AGGCCAGGAUAAGGUGCCUGUGGUUGGGGGCGGUGACAGCUGCAGCAGGGGGUGUCCAGCCAUUCCCUCCAAUCACUCGCUGUAACACACUUCUGGACUUUCCUCCUGGUUUAUUUGAGCACCGGAAUCCCUACGCACUACGCUCCUUCUAUCCAUCUGGUCAGAACUGUCUCCCCGCCACUGUCACCCGUCCUUGAGCAGCAAGUAUGGCUGACGUCAAAGUGUACGCAGAUUGUCCUCCUCCAUACAGCGAGCCCGCACCAGUAGGGGCGGUGAAUGUGGCGGUGAUAGAACAGCCCUGCACCACACAGCCUUGUGCGCCGGCUGUUCAAGUGAUGAUUAUAGGCGGUGUCUGUCAUGUCUGUAAGGUGGGCAUCGUGCAGGAAGAGUUCACGGCGUGCGGCAUCUGUCUGGGCAUCUGUUUCUUCCCGCUGGGCCUCGUCUGCUGCCUGCUGAUGCGGGAGCGUCGCUGCAACCACUGUGGCGUCAGUUUCUCGUGAAGGAGAAGACGUCGGUUUGCAGGAGUGACGCCAGCAGAAAUGAUUCCAUCUUUGGAGGGAAAGUCAGUCGUCACUAAACAAAAAGGGCUAACAAAUUGCAGAAAAUAUCGUCUACCUGUAUUUCAAUAUUAAUUAAGUUAAUUAUGCCAGUACACUUGAACAGUUUGUUCUCUCAUUGGAACUAUUCUUGAGGACCUUCCACAUAAUUAGUUUCUUGUGUUUCAAUAAGUGCAUUAAGAAAAACACAGAAUAUGUAUGCAAUGCACACUAUCACUGCUCUUCCCUUAGUGUAUUGAAAUAGACUUGUUAGUAACUCCUCGUUUGGACAUAGAACUGAGUGGAAGCUGCAAGAAGCUAGCAGGUAUAAACGUGUCUUUCUCUGUAUAAAGCAUGCAUACUUAUAUCCACAAAUGGUUGGUAUUCAUAAACCAAUUUCUUAUCUUGUUUUGAAAGCCUUCAUGCCUUUUCUUUGAAACACCGACAUACUGAUCUGAAGGCAUCAGAGAUCUUUAGUUAUGUGUCACCUUCGUUGUACCGGGGAGGAAACAUUCCAACGGUCAUUACGUUCUGAUAUAACUUUGGGACCGUUAUGCUCCCAGUCACUACAAACUUCCUUAUUGACCCUCACUGAAGGCAUGAUUUCUGAGUCUAUUCUAUUCAUUUACCAAUCUGCCUGUGAAUCAAUUCUCGCCACCCAGAGUCUUGGGAUCACUUCGUUAAGGCACUGGAGUAUCAGGGAAGUCCUGAGGGAGGAUUUCAAAAUAACUAAAACCGGAAUUCUUACAUAUACUGACUCUAUCCUGGUGAUCUGUUUAUGAUAGUAUAUAAAUGGAAUUCUUUUGCGUUAUUUGUAUAUUAACAAUUAAAGAAAAUAUAUCUAUAAGACAUUUUAGUAUAGAAUUGAAUUUAUUUUCAUUAUGAGUACAUAAACAAUAAAUGUAAACACAUCUCUAAAACAUAAAUGAUGUGUUUCUGAUAUGAGGAAA